AUGGCGACCUGUUCUAAGAGGAGUCGCUUCAGUGCUGAAGAUGUUUUAGGAGCUUUAGAAGUUAGAAAUGAGUCCAACAGUGAUCGUGGAGGAAUGUCAAGCGGAGAGGAAUCGGACAUUGACCGCCAACUAAUGGAUUUGGACGAAUCGAUGAGGUGAGUCUAAAAUAUGUUACGCGGCCAUGUCGGAAAUAUUUUGCGUGUUUGGGAAGCGAUGUAAUUUUAGUCGAUAUUUUCAUAUGUUGUCUUUGAAACAUUGCUUAUCAUAUCAAGAAAUUGUUCAGAGAUGUAUUGAGCACUUUUCUUGGGUAAAAACGGUUGUGUUAUGAGCAAGAAAUACAAAAUCGUGCCAGCGCUGCAGAGCUCUCAGAUUACCGAGCGCCUAAUUAUGUCACGCAUGGCCUAUUGUUAUCAACAAAAUUUAAAUACCCCGAUUGAACGCUUUGCAUACAGUUGCGUAUUCCCAGGAAAUGUCUUGUAUAUAUAAUGAAACAUAUUUGGAGUGCUAGAAGUACUAUUUCACGACUGAGAGACGGAGCUCUUAUGCUGAAUUCGAUGUUCUCAAGAAACUAUUUGUCAGCUAUCAAUGUUUACUGCAUGAGAUAUACUUAUAUUCACCACUUGAAACGGCUUGAGAGGGCAUGAAACAAUUAGAAAUAAUAUAAAUAUUUAUACUAAAUAAUACUGUAUAUACUUGUAACUAUAUAAUGUAAUUCACCUAUGGUGUGAAUUUAUAUAUUUUUAUUACAUUGAAAUACAUUGAAAAUAUACAUAGAGAAAAAUAGUAUAUACAGUUGUGUUUAUGAGGGUAUGAGGAAAUGGCUUGUAAUCUUAUUUUUUAUUUUUCUUUCAGGUAUGAAGAAGACUUUCCUGAUCUCGUUCCAAGUGUUGGCGAUGCUGGUGGUGCUGGUGGCGAUGACGAAGAUGACACUGAGAUGUUGACUCUCCCAGAAAAUGACGAUGCCAGUGCUGAUGAUGAAGAUGAUGACUACAUUCCUGGUGCUGAGAUUGGUACCAGCAGUCCAGUUUGUGGUAGUGGUAAGCAGGCUGGGAUUCCCCGCGGUACAACAAGUCGUAGAGGCCCGGCUAGGGGAAGGGGCCAGGCUAGGGGAAGGGGCCAGGGGGAAGGGGCCAGGCUAGGGGAAGGGGCCGAGGAAGGUGCAGGGGUACGGCCGAAGCUGGGGUUCCUGUCCAAGGGGGUGACCAGACCUGGAAGAGCUAUGGGGACCCUGAUGUUGGAAAUGACAUUCCACCAUUUCAGCCAACCCGCCCACCCGGAUUACACUUUGAUCAGCGCACACUAAAACGAACCAUGACCACGGCUAGUGAGUUCUUUCAUCUUUUUUUUAGUGCAGAAAUGUUAGCUAGUAUAGUAACUCAUACAAACACAUACGCUUACAAUAACAUUGCAUCAGGUACACACCAUACCUACACAAUGGCUGACGGUAGUUGGAAAGAAACCACCCCUGAAGAGAUAGAUAGACUAAUUGCUCUUCUUCUUUAUUUUGGUUUAGUGCGGGUAAGUACACAGUUUGAUUAUUGGAGUACUAAGUCCCUGUAUCAUGGAUUGUGGGCCCGGGCCAUAAUGUCAAGGGAUAGGUUUAGUGCUCUCAUGGCCUUUUUGCAUGUUGUAGACCCAAAUACCGAAGACCCCGGAGAUAGGUUGCGGAAAGUAAAUGCGUUCAUCACCUAUUUCAAAUCCCGUUGCCUUAGUUUGUACCAGCCCAAACAGAAUCUUGCCAUUGAUGAACGUAUGGUUAAAUCUAGGCACAGAUCUGGCAUUAGACAGUAUAUCAGGGAUAAGCCCACUAAGUGGGGGUUGAAACUUUGGGUUUUAGCCGACAGCAGUAAUGGAUAUACUGUUGACUUCAAUGUGUAUAUUGGGAGGCACGCUGCAGAAACUGUUAGUAAUAAUGGUCUGGGGUAUGAUGUAGUUAUGGAACUAAUUCAACCUUUUCGCCAUCAGGGCUAUCAUUUGUUUUCUGAUAAUUUUUAUUCAUCAGUUGUUCUUUUGAGAGAUUUAUUUGAUGUCGGUAUGCUGGCAACUGGGACAAUAUCGGAGAACCGCAGGCAAUUCCCAGUGAGCAUGAAGAAUGGAAAGCAGUGGGCAAAGAAAUUGGAAAGAGGAAGUAUGCGCUGGGAGAGGGUUCCUCCCUGCCUUUGUUUACAGUGGAUAGAUAACAAGGUUGUAUCAGUACUAACAACCCUAGAUAAUGCUAACGAUAAGGUUCCAACUGAAAGAAAGACUAAAACAGGUAAUGUAUGGACUAAUGUAAUAGUUGACCAACCCAAGGCCAUCGAUAGGUACGAUAAGUAUAUAAUGGGGUUGAUCGUCCGGAUCAACUCAUAGGUACUAAUAAUGCUAUGCGUAAGUGCUUGCGAUGGUGGAAAACCUUGUUCUUCCAUCUCAUUGAUAUUGUAAAUGGUUUCAUUCUCUUUCAACACCGAGCCAAUUUCCCAGACAGUGAGGAUUUACAAAGACCCCCCGGGUACACGGUCCCUAAUUUUAGGGAGGAGGUUAUCAGGCAAAAGUGUGUUUGAUUCAAUUCAUGUGCCAUAGUUUACAGAUUUUAGGAGACGGUGUGCAGUUUGUUACAAGCAGGGUACAGGUGAGUUCAAGGUGCACAAAUAUUGUGGUGCCCCACAGUGUGGUAAGUAUCUGCAUGUAACUAGGGAGAGAAAUUGUUUUUUGGAAUGGCAUAAUAGUGCAUAUCAUGAAUAAUUAACAUAUACAUGAUCUAAUAUAAAUAAUGAUAUCAAAGAUUUUGUUAGUAUCCCACUCGAUUGAAUAACAGUUGAAGUAUUUUGUAGAUGGAAAUUAUUCAUGGUAAAUUUACAUACAUCCAUACAUUUAUUAGACCUAACCACGAACAGCUACAAAAAAUGCAACUAUAGGUCCAGGAGUGAAAUUCAAUUCCAAUACAGCAGAAUCGAAGGGCCCCAGGGCUGAUUCCUUCCAGGGACCUGUAGUCGCUUUUUUUCACAGCUGUUCCUGCUUAGGUCUAAUAAAAGUAUAUAAAUUCACCCUCAAUAAUUUCCAUGUACAAAAUCCUUCAACUGUAAUAUAAAUAAUGAUAACAUAUACAAAAAAGGAAAAUAAACAAAAAAAGUGGAUUAUAUAUAAGUGGGUGGUGUGUGGAGAUCCAGAUCCAAUAAGUGAGUGAUGUGUGGAGAUCCAGAAGCACAAAAUCAAAGUGCAGGAACAUAUAUAAUGUAUCAUGGACAAAAUAUUCUAUGCAUACUAAUAUUUUCCUGCAUACAUUUCAAAACAAGACACAUCUCUAUGUGUACUAUGGUUUUUACUACAUUUUAACGGUUUCGAGAAGGGUUAUUCAAACAGCCGUAACUUUUUUCUUUUUAUUCCUUUUCAGCCAUACUUGCUGGACAUGUUGCUAAUAAAUAAGUACAACUUUGUGCAUUUAAAUUUUUACUAUACAUUGCAAUAUGUGGAACAUAGAUAAGUUCAUGUCUAACAUUUGAAGACACAUUUUAUAAUUUAUGCUAAAUUAUGCAAAUUUAUUUCAAAAUGUACUGUUUUUUUUCAAAAGUGAAAUAAAAUUUUGAUAGCUUAUUCAAUAAGCUUUAAAAAGAGGUAUAGCUUGUUGUGUAGUUGUGGAUACUUGUUUGAGAAAUAAGCCGAGGGAGAGGUGCGCUCAAUUUAUGGUGUUUUUGACCAGUAAUGAAAGAGUUUUAAAACCUGUGCUGAAAAGUCUUGGAACAUUUCUUACAUAUAUUAUUUUCAAUUGCUUAAUUCUCAAGACUUUUCUUUACCAAGUGAAAGAGAUUUUCAAUCGGAUUCAGGUCAGGCGAAUCUAGCCGGAAUCUUGUGAAAUUCAGCCUCGAUUUUUUCCAUUGCUUUUCACGCUACUUUACUCAUCUGUGAUGGGUCAUUAUCCAUGAGAAACAAGCGACGAUCGUUUUUUUACAUCCGCAUUUUGCAAAACAAGUAUUAAAAUACUUUCCAAUGAACUCUGCAAAGAAACUGCCAUUCAUUUUCUCAUAGGGAACUUUGAGAGCUAGCGACAAUUACGAUCGCUCGUAA